AUGGGACGAGAGCGCAGCCUGCCCGCUCCCGGCGCCUCCGCCGCCGCCGCCUUUCCCUUCGCUGGUCCGGCCAGCAACAUGACCGCGUGCAGGCUCUGCGAGGAGCGGCUCAACUCCACCGCCAUGGCCCUCCUCCUCGGCAACGCCACGGCUCCGUGUGGCUCCGUCUCCAUCGUGUUCCCCUUGACCAUGAUGAUCACGGGCAUGGUGGGCAACGGGCUGGCGAUGCUGUUGGUGUACCGCGCCUACCACAAGAAGGAGAACCAGAGGAAGAAGUCCUUCUUGCUCUGUAUCGGCUCCCUGGCUCUGACUGAUCUCACCGGGCAGCUCUUGACAAGUCCCAUUGUCAUCUCGGUGUACUUGGCUAACAGGAACUGGGUCGAGGUGGACCCGUCGCUCAAACUGUGUACCUUCUUUGGCGUGUGUAUGACUGUCUUUGGGCUGUGCCCCCUCUUCAUUGCCAGUGCCAUGGCUGUCGAAAGGACUUUGGCCAUCCGAGCUCCACACUGGUACUCUGCCCACAUGAAGACCAGGGUGACCAAAUCUAUCAUUCUCAGCGUGUGGCUGGCCAUCUUCAUUUUUGCGCUCUUGCCCAUCAUUGGCGUUGGGAAGUACACGGUCCAGUGGCCAGGCACCUGGUGCUUCAUCGGCACCUGGGAUGAGGAAGGUUCCAGAAUGGGCAGCUCAAUCUUUGCUUCGAUAUUUGCUUUCUUGGGGCUUUUCUCUCUGGUGAUCACUGUGGUGUGCAACAUGGCGACAAUUGUCGCUUUGGUGUGUCGGUGCCGAACCAAAAGCUCCAGGUCUCAGUCCAGGAGGCAGUGGGGCAGAAUCACCAUGGAAACCCUGAUCCAGCUGCUGGGCAUCAUGUGCGUCCUCUUUGCCUGUUGGUCCCCACUUUUGAUUAUCAUGCUGAAAGUGACCUUCAACCACAUCUCUAUGAAACAAUGUGAAAUAGCCUGUAACCAAACUCGAAGCACAGAAAUCCACAAAGAGUGCAAUUUCUUCUUGACUGCAAUCCGCUUGGCCUCCCUGAAUCAGAUCUUGGAUCCCUGGGUAUAUCUGCUGCUUCGGAAGAUCCUCCUGCAAAAGGCUUGCCAGGUAGCAAAUGCUAUCUCUUGCCGCUCUAAUGAUGGAUGGAAAGGGCGGCGCAUCAUAUUGUCAGACAAAAUCAGACACACGACAGCAUGAAACAACAUGCAUGCAAACGACUUUUCACGUAUCUUCAUAUUUUACUGUGAAUUGGGGUGUCUGAGAGAUGCCUUCUUUAUGUACAUUACAGGGAGGUGAUUUAUUUGGUGAUCUUUUAAUUGCAUAUCAUAUUUUCCUUGUUUAAAGGAAAUAGAUAAAUUAUUAACAAAUGAGAAUGCUGUAAUUAACAACGUACAAGUCAUAUGUCUUUUGUAAUUCAUAGCCCAUAAUGCAACUUUUUUGUGUAUACCAAAGACUGGUUCAUAUUGAAGUCUUUUGCACUUGGUUUUUACAGCACGUUCAAUACUGUUUCGCAUCCCAUGUUUUUCUGCCUUUUACACUUGUCAGCUAGUCAUGUGACAUUGCUCCGGGCUAUGUUAGCUUUUCCCUGGGGUAUCUGACUAGGGACAUAUCUCAACUUUUUUUUUUGCCUCAGAUGCUGACUCGCAUUUGAGUCGGUGAAAGUAAGUGUAAAAUGUUUGCUUCUUCCCCCCCUUUCCUUUCCUAUUGCAAGUUGAUUGGCCAGAGCAGAUUUAAGCACACCCACCCUCGUCAGCUCCCCUAAUGCUUCUUUCACCAUUGGGCAGCAACUGUUGCACCAAGUAGCAGCUCAGCUGUGCCCAUCGCUCGCCUCCUCUGCUUCCUUCCCAGACGAGCGGAGGUGAUGCUGGCUCUGCCCCUUCCCUUCUCAUCUCCCCAUCUGAUUUUUUUUACUGCUUCUGAAGGGUAGUAUCGUUGAGGCAUCAAGCACUUUAAAACAGAAUUGUGGGCAUUUAACAGCCGUGGAGAUGGAAUCUUUCCCCAACACAAACCUAAGAAGAUUAUUUUCUUUAAAGCGUUUAGUUGAGACCUGGCUAAAUGGAGUGGUUCCCCCUCCGACACACACACACACAUUUCCGUCCUGUAGCCUUCCCUGCGUAGAAACAGCUUUCUUUUAUUGCUCUUCUCUGGUUGCAGAGAACAGUAAAAAGGCAGGGAGGGGGGGAAAGGAAGAUCAUUCCGUGAACAGAAGGCAGUGGGUUGUGUGAAAAGAUUGGUGUUAAUCUCAGUGCAGCUGCUCUUUUGCCGUCUUCUAAGUAAAAAGACUCAAACUUUCAACAGUUAGGGUUCAAAAUGGCAGCACAGAGGAAGUGGAGAUUCUUAGUCUUACCACGCAUGCUAAAAAAAAAAGUGAUAUGUAUUCAGUAGCCCACAAAGCUCGCAGUAGAACAAGUGGAUAUAAAAUGCAGCAGAGAACAUGAGACCGAAUCAGGAGCAGAGUAUAAAAAGGGGCGGUUCCAAGCCGGUACAAAGGCUAUAUGGCUGGCUGCUCAGAUCCAUCACUUUUAAACUUGAGUGCGAAAGGGUUCAGGUA